AUGGCUGAGCUCGACCCCCAAUCAGGCUCUCAGGAUCCUGUGGACCCCGCGCAGGCCCAGGGCGCGCAGAUACCGCUCCCGGCCUUCGCCAUUCCCGAAUUCCCGCCCGAGGCGCAGGAGCUCAAAGCCCUGACGCUGACGUCGGACAUUAAAAUCGACGAGUAUCCCAAGCAACUGGAGAGCUUCGCGCCCAUUCCAAAGCUGCCGCAAGGUGUCCAGAGCCUGACACUGGAACUCUUCUCGCUGGGCUACCCGGCAGGCUUCCUGUCGGCGCUGGCGGAUGCGCUCCCACAAGUGCGCAGCUUUGACGCCUACAGCCAGCUGCUAUGCGGCAUCACCGCCGAGGCACAGGAGGAUGCCGUUGCCUUCUUCGACAAGCUACACGAACUGCGCGCCAUCCAGCUGCUCGACGUCUUCGCGCGCCCCAAAUUCUUCCAGACUGUCGGCGAGAAGCUGACGGCGCGGACCCCAGACCAGCGGCUCAUGUUCCUGCAGUUCAACUACACCUUCCGCCACGAGGAUGAGGACUUCCUCCGCCGCAUACCCGCGGAGGAGCUACCGGCGUUUGUCAAUCCGAGCCUCGUCAUGUGCAGCUUCAACGUCGCCGCGCCCGACAACACGGACGACCCAGAGGAUCCGACAAACGUGAACGAGGAGGGCGAGAUGCAGCAGAAGCCCGAGGGCGUCAUGGCCUUCCACAAGAGCCACGCGAACCACCUCGUCUACACGCUGACGGACGAGAAGACAGCCCCGACCGGGCUGCGCGCGCUGAACACGACGCUGUACACUUUCACCGUCGACGAUCUGGAGACUGUUCUCCAGAAGCAUACCGGUUUGCUGAUGAUCAGCGUGACGCUGGAGAUCGAGCCCACCGAGAUGUGCAAAAAUCGCUUGCUGGAAGCGCUCAGGCAUUGCCCAGAGAUGGAGCGCGUCGAGAUCGUGGGUAAUCCGACGCUGGAGUUCUCAAUGGCCGUGAUGAACCCUCGCCGCAAAGCCCUGGACCACACCUUCCCGUCGGCGGACGACAUGCGCAAAUUGGAGGAGAGCUGCCCGAAGCUGACGAACUUCUCGGCAACCAUUCUGCGGACGACUUCGAGCGGUCAUGUGGAAUGGUCGAAGGAGGGCGGGUCGUGGCAGGGCGGCAUCACCACGCCGGCAGUGCCCGACGAUGGGACCGCGGAUAUGCCACCGGCGCUGGUGGCAACGUUGCAGCAGCAGACUACUGUAUGA